ACCACAUUGGCAUAAGAGACACCAAAGAAACAUUCCAUUCUUGACAAGAACAAAAAAGAAAAAAGCAUGGCAGCAAAACUUGUAGGCUUUUGUUUUGUAAUCCUAAACGUGGUCCUUCACGUAUCAACAAGCAGUGGGCAAGGCGAGCAACAGCAAGCCCUAACGGCCCUCUCCGCGAGCGUGACAAAGACCCAAUCAUGCAUAGCGUUCCUGAAGACAUUGAGCCCGGCGAACAAGGCGGUGCAAGACUGCAUAGAGACCAUAACUAGCAGCGUGGACCAUCUGACCAAAUCGGUUAAGGAGCUUGGGCUUGUGGGUAAGCCCAAUGAGGAUUUAGCGUUGCACGUCAAUAAUGUCAAGACUUGGGUUAGCGCUGCCAUCACCGAUCAAACCGACUGUCUUGACGGGCUUGAUGGGCCCAACGCGGAUGCCAAACUAAGGGACUCCAUUAGGCCCAAGGUUGUUGAAUCUUCUCAAGCCGUCAGUAGUGCCCUUGCGUCGAUUAAUCGCCUUCCCACCAAAUGACAAACUGCACCAACUGGAAAGCCAUGAAACUACGUCAUUAACCAUGCGUGGUUUAAAGUUUAAUUUGUUUUCUUCCAAUUAUAAGUGCAAAUGUGGUUUCAGCAACCGCAAUAUUGCAUGCAUGUUGUAUUCGUUAUUGUGUACGUGUAAAUGAGCAUUUUAAUUUGUGUGCUCUGACUAAUAUGUUAAAUAAGUUGACGCUGCAGCUACUGUUUCACCAAGUCUCAAAA